AUGGAAUCGUCUCUUCGUAUCGUCCCAGCCUCCUCGAAACCAUCAGCUUCAGUCCAGAGUACUGCGAAUUCUUUGGGAUUACACGAUACCCUCCAGUAUGGACCUCGAAGUCUCGCCGCUGAAGUCCAGUCAGAGGGAGGUCUGAGAUCGCGCUUAGAGAAUUGGGAAGCUACCCAGGACAAUCUCAAGUUAACCCUUGAGCGUAACAUGUUUGGAAUGCAUGCUCCAAUGCGACGCCUUAUGGAACGCAAAAUUGUCGGGACAACUGUGCAUACUCUCAGUGCUCCCCAAACUAACGUUCAACUAGACGUCUUGAUGGGACGAGACGAGUUGAUCGACGCCGCCGAUGUGUUCUUGGGCAUGGAAGCAGGCCCUGCUUAUGAUGUACACACUCAAAUUCAGAAGAAAGCUAGUUCAUAG